AUGCUUCUCCGCUGGAGGGUGGAGCAAGCCAUCGUGUUGGCUGACGACCUCAGCAUCCCCCAGUUCGAGUUGGACCGCAGGAUCACCCUGGAGGACUGCACAGAGACCUACCGCACAGGCCUGUUCCCGUGCCUGAAGGCGACGUUCACGCUGAGCAGGCAGAUGGGCUACUACGUGACCCAGGUGUACGUGCCCAGCCUGCUGCUCGUCAUGGUCUCCUGGCUCUCCUUCUGGAUCAACAAGGACCCGGCACCCGCCCGGGUCAAUCUGGCCGCCACCACCAUCCUCAGCAUGAUCACCAAGAGCACCGACUCCCGGUCCUUCCUGCCCAAGGUGUCCUACGCCACCGCCAUGGACGUGUGGAUGGCCACGUGCCUGGUGUUCGUGAUCGCUGUGCUGGUGGAGUACACGCUGGUACAGGCCACGGCACGCCGGGCCAAGGACUCCAAAGUGGUGGAGGAGAGCAAGGAGUCUCCGGCCGAGCUGGAGAAGAAGUUCACGCGGCAGGCGGUGAUGGUGGAUGUGAAGGCGCGCUUCGUGUUCCCCGCGGCCUUCGCCGCCUUCAACGCCGUCUACUGGGUCACCUGCGUCGUGGGCCUCAAGAGCCUGCAGUGA